AUGCCAUUAUCUAUUCUCCGCCUCCUCAUUCACUUCAUUCAUACCCUUCCUGUCCUCACACUUCUUCUUCUUCACAGUUGUAAUGCCUCCUGCAAAAUUGAAGGCGAUAGUUGUUUCUGUGUAGAAGAUACCAACAUAUCACAAGAUGAUAGUCUUUCCAAUAUCUUGGCCUAUUGUUGUCAAGGUGAGGUAUUUCAAGUUCAUAUCAAUGGAAGCCAAAUUAGUGGAGAUAAUGCUUUCUACCAAAAACCUUGUCACAAUCUCAUUGGCUUUCGAAUUCAUGCUCCCAGUCAAACUAAACUUGCUCAAAAUGGUCGUGCAUUUAAUGGGCUUCCUAAUUUAGAAGUUUUGGAAAUUACGAGUGACCCUUCUCUAACGACCCUUCCUAAAGGUGUGUUCUCCGGUCUGACUGCAAGUUUGAGGCAGCUAAAUCUUUCUGGAAACGGCUUGACAACUCUGACUGGAGCAGAAUUUUCCGGGCUUUCGGAACCAAACAGUAGGCUAGAUGAGCUAGAUUUGAGUAAUAACCGAUUGAAGAAUCUGCGUUCCGGCUGCUUUAAAAAUCUUCGUGGUAUUAAGACACUUAAUCUUGCUGGAAAUCUUAUCAGAGAACUCCGGGCUGAUAUGUUUGUUGGCCUGGAGUUGUUAGAGGAGUUAAAUUUACAAAGAAAUCCAAUCAGUGUUAUUAUUGGAGGAGCCUUCCAACCACUAUCGAAACUGCGAAGACUUUCUAUUUCCAGUUUGCCGACUGGUCAUCCUCCGUUAGUCUCUCUUACUCCGGGGAUGUUGUAUGGUCUUCAAGCUCUCCGUCAGCUCGAAUUAUCCAAUCUGGGAAUCUCUAAUAUCAACGCGGAAGCCUUAAUGGAUCUUCGUCAGUUGCAAGAACUCGAUCUUUCAGGAAAUCAGUUGAAAGAAGUUCCUUACAUAGCUUUCAAGAGGAUGGUUCUCGCUCAAAGGGGUGGUAGAUUUCAACGACUUAAUUUAUCCAACAAUCGGAUCAUUUGUUUACCAGAGGGGGCUUUCUCUGGAUUUCCCCAAUUAAAAUCCCUCGAUUUAAGCCGGAACCUUCUAACUGUGAUCUCGGAUCAGGCCUUCCGUGGAAUUAAGCAUAUUCGUGAGUUAAGCCUCCUGGAAAAUCCGCUUCUGGUUAUUAUUCCUUCUGCUUUUGACGAAUUUGUUACUAGUUAUGAAGAAAGUGACCCAGAGACCGUGAGUAUUGUUCAUAAACCUCGAGAUGAAGGCGAAUUGCUACCCAUGAAGACAGUGGUUCGAAUCCCCAACGAUGAUACAAUUGUGGGAAUUAAUAAACUACGUCUGAGAGCUCUGUAUGGUCGACAAGAUGAUAUAUCCAGUACAACAAUAGCUCCAUUCAUUGACCUUGCUUGUCCAAGACUUCCCUUACCUAACAGCCACGGCUCACUUAAACACCCUGUGGAUAAUUCCGAAUCUACUUCACAAUUAAAAUCAACGGAGGAAGAGGGGCCUGGAGAAGGUAUACGUGGUGUUCUUUCUCAAAAUAAGGUUUAUCUCAUUAUUAUUGUGGUUUGCGCUGUCCUCACGCUCAUCGUUACCUCGACAACCAUCCUCUCUUGUCAAGCAUGUCGAAAACAGAGAAAACAGAGGAGAAAUAAGAUCACGUCCCAUAUGGAUAGCGUUGUUACGAGUCCUCCACUUUCUGAUGCAGGAAAAUCUCAUUAUUCCGGAUUUUCUAAGCAAAACACAUUCUCUUAUAAUAGUCUCGAAGUGGGAAGUACAGCUUAUAGUGAACAACUUCCUGUUGUAAUUGAAAAGAUGUCUACAAGUGAACGCUUGUAUAAUCUUGGCCAAAAGUUAGCUCCUCCUCCCUACCCUCAUAAUCUUCAGACUUUAGACGAACGGCUUAGACAGGUAUCUUCAGCUUCCAAUCCAACUGUUCCUACUCUCUUUAACGGAUAUGCAGCCACAGCUAGGGAGUCUCCCCACCAUCUGCACUCUGGUCAAUCAUCCCCAAGUAAUCUUGGAAGCUCUCCGCGGUUCUCUAGUUCCACUUCAUCUGUUCAACAACAACAUAGGCAGAAGGUGUCGGGAGGACUUCAUCUUAUCAUGACAUCUUCAGUGAUCGAUCAUGAGAAAUCAACUCCACCUCCACCUAGUAGUGUGUCACCUCUUCAUGAAUCGGGAAUUGUGUCUGACAAUGCCUCGUCUUCUCUUAUCACAGCCCUGGGGGUUUUCUAG